CAGGAACUCUUCCUAGACGUAGUGAAGGAACGACAACCAAGAUGAAGCGUCCAUGGCUGAUGGCAGCUUGGCCACUUCUACUUUUGUUUUAUUGUUCCUCAACGUUGACGAAAGUUGCACAAUGUAGCAGGAGCAAGAACAACGAUGCUCGAUUGAAGGUUUCCAUCCGAAAGGACACUAUGCUGGGAGUUCCCUCGUGUCAGCAUACUUUCAGUCAAAUUGAGCUGCUGAAUUUGGUAAGUGAAAUUGACUACCAUCCUCUAUUAAGGAUUGAUGCCGUUAGUCUCCGGUGUUCUCAUUUUCACUGAUAAAUAGCUCACAAUGAGAUGGAAAUAUCCCUGUUCGUCCGCUGUGUUGUAAUUGUGACGGCCGUAUCAAAUCUUGCCGUACCAUUCUCCAGCAUUCCACAGAGGCGAUCAUGAUUCAUUCGAUCCAGACGAUUCCCGAGGAGACCGUACUAGUGCGACCAGAUUCGACCCCAACGUCGUCACCAUCGUCAAACCGGUCGAGUGAGCCGGCGUAUGGUCGUUCAUGGAAAGGAAAAGAUAUCCCACAACAACUUCAUGUUUCGAGAUUGCCUUCGGGGAGUCUAUCGUUAGGGCCGGGACAGGUGGCAAUUGUUCCAGUAACUUUUCUUCCGAGGUAUCCCAGUAUUGAUAAUUGCGGUGGGGAUGAAGCCAGUGGCUUUAACGAGAACAACGAUGAAGAUAAUGCUAGAAGUGACGAUUACUACUCAACGACGGUUCCGGAUGGAAGAUCUCCUCCGCCGCUAAGCUCCACAUCGAAACUUGAUCUCGUAGACUUGGUGGGGGAACGAGUGCUCAAAGCAAUAGACAACAAACGACAAUAUUUGAGGCAUACCUUAGAUCCAACGUAUAGGCGACGGAAUAACAUGAAUCCAUCAUCUCUUCCUAAGGGGGAUGAGCAAUACGAGGUGACAACGACAGUGAUCGUUGAUACUUCCCGGGGCGUUGUCAAAUUACCGAUAUCUGCUUCCAGUAUUCGUGACAAUUUAUAUCGUAUCCCGGAUGUUAUUACAUUUUAUCAUCCUAGUGUUACGAAGAAUGAUAAUGACAAAAAUACCAGAACUGAAGAGGAUGACGAAUUUGACGACUAUGAUACUACCACCGCGGAAACCAGGAAGAAGACAACAAAAUCCAACACAGAGCAUGCCAGGCUUACUACAAUGAAUGGGGUUACUUUAUUCGAUACCAUUCACGCAUCGGACAAUGACGGCGAUGGCGAUGAGAAAAAUAAUCCAGCUUCUCUACUGGAUACUAUUAAACCGGAGAGAGAAUGCUUCGAUCUUUAUUUAUCGAACCCGUUCCCAGAUAGAGAACUCCAAGUGAUGGAGGCAUUGAUAUCUCGUCCAGAAUUUGUAAGCGUUCAAUUUGAUCCGGUAAGGAUGGCAGCGCCAGAUUUGACGAUGCUCGUCGGAAGCGGACCAUCUCAAGUCUUGAGACAAUGGACUGUAGACGGCCCCUUGUAUUUACCACCCGACUCGGACAAGCAAUAUAUCCUCACUAUUUGCACAGCAUUUGAAGGAGAGAUCGAGCCAGACGAGGGAUCGGAGACCUAUCUUGAUGAAAUGUCAAAAUGGAUUGACUCUGGAGACCCCGACAAGAACCUUGGAUUUCUUCAAAUCCGAACGGAUGCUGAGACCCUUUUCGUUGGAUUAGAACACGCAGAAAAUGUCCCUUUCUUAUCGCUCCAACCAAGUACUUAUAACAAGAACUUGUCUUCAGAUGUUUCUGCAGGAAGUGGUACGGACAAGAACAGAAGUGGAACAAGUACACUUCUGAAAUCAUUUCCUGAUCGCCUGAAAUUCGAUAUGAUAUCUACAGCAAGUCGUGCUCUGCAUACAUCUUUUGGAUUACAGAACAAGUCGCCUGUACCAAUUAGAAUCAUGCGGGUAACAGUUGGAAUAGACUCGUCCGGAGACGAAGAGAAUGCUAGGGAGGCCAAGCUUAUCGGGCUGAAGCUCAAAAUUGGGCUGAAGGGGUCAAAUGGAAAAGUGGAAAAUAGCAGCGAUGACUCCUUCGACAAUGCUUUGGGUUCUUUAAUAUUGGGAGCUGCAUCAUCCCUUGACGACGUUUUAGAACUCAAAUGCUCAUUAAAUCCUGAUCGCUAUUUCUCAGACUCAAAUAAAGAAUCAUUUAAUUUCAUGGGGACCGUCGUCAUUCGAGGAACAAUGGACACAGAACUAUCUUAUCACCAAUGGCGCGAAGAGACUCUUCAAAAUCCGUAUCGUGAUGAACACCUUACCCUUGAACUGCCAUUUACUGUCACGAUACUCAAUGGUAGAGUUGAAGCCUUGAUUGAGCAGUCAUCUCACCCUUACCCUCAAUUAUUUGCUGCUCAAUCGUGGGAUGGGUCGGGUCGAGCUAUAUCGCACCUCUUUUUCCCAAUGAAUCAAUACGCAGCUGUGAAAGGGACUGAGGAUGUAUUGCCACAGCAGAUGUAUCUUGGAGCGAACGAAAUCAGACACGAUCUUCGUAUUCUGAGCAAUAUGGUGUACCCAUUAACCUUUGUCGGUGUCAAAAUUAUUGACGAUGACAAUCCCAAUAAUCUGGAGUCUCUGUGUAAUAGAUUCAAUGUUUCCAUUGUACAACAGUCAAAUCCAGGGGAUCCGUACUUUGGGUUCGAAGAGAUUGGAUUCAUUGUGCUAAAGUACAAAUUUGAAGUUAAAGGGAAAAGAGGGGGGAAUCAAGAUUUCUUACCACCACGCGAUGCCCAUCCUUACUUGCCAAAACAAUGUUCUUUGAUUGUUGUAACUACGCCCGAAGAAGCUGGGACGUACAAAAUACCUCUUCUCAUUUUCCCUGGUCAUCUUGAAGUUUCUUUGGAAGAUUCUUCUUCAGUUGGAUUCCACAAGGGAAGCGAAGAUAUCAUAGGGUUCAACCGGCUUUUGUCGUGGUGUCGAUCGUCUCGUUUAGGGAAAUCUUUCUUUAAAAACCUCAAAUCACCCGAAGACCGUCGAAAAUCAAAGGGUGAUUCAGACUUACUUUCGAAAUUUUUAGCUGAAAACUCUGGUUGGGAUCCAAAAUUAAAGCCAAAACUUCUUCCGUUCCUACUCAAAGUAGGCGCUGUAGAUGGCGGGAAGAUAGCGAAGACACAUAUUAGUCUAACCAACCAUAACCCGAUACCUUUGACUGUUUCGAUUGAUGUUGGAGAAGUUGAGGGCAUGUCGAUUGCAUUCAGUCGCGAUGCCAGUCAAGUGGCUGGAGACGGCAACAGUCUCCAUGACUACCUUCCGAAGCAAGCCCCACCGUCAACAGUUCAAGUCGGGAAAUACGAAGGCCACCCUGUGACAGGACUGUUGAACUUCUUGAAGUCAAACAAACAAGCUCAUGAAUUCAAUUCGAAAUUCAAGUUCCGUGACUCAAUUUCACCUCAUGAUUUGGCAAUGGAAAGAUCAGAUGUUCUUCGACUCUUGCAUGACUGGCACUCAAAAGCAUCUUUUCAUAGAGGACCUACUUCUUCGCAAUCGAAUUCGAAAAAUUCAACAAAUUGUGAAGACAAUGUGCAGCCGCCACAAUACAAACCUUUUUCUUUCAACAAUUUCACCCAGCGAAGCAGCGGAGAAGGGUUACCAGGUGCCUUCAUUGUUUCAAGUAAUGGGAGUGGUUUUCGUCCUCUUGCCGAAUGCUGGAGGCGAAAUCCGGACGAAAUGUCAGCAGAUCGAAAUACAAUCAAAAUCCCACCAGGAGCAAUGGCUCGGUUCGAAAUACAAGUCCGAGCACCAUCUCCUGAAUUCUUGGAGAACGAUAUUACCCAUUUUUUGAUGUCUGGUCUGAAACUUUCUACAAAUCUUGGGGAUGUCAUGCCCGUAUUUGCAAUUGUUGAAGCUCUUCAGGGAAAAUUACAUGCGUCACAGAUUGAGUCAGAUGAGCAUAUCAAACAUAUUGCCUCAAAAUCGCUUAUGAGUGUACCUCUUGAGUUAAUUUGGAACAGUGUCCGUGAUGGUACAGAGAGACAACAUGCUGACGUUGUGACGAUCCCUCCUGCUAACUCGACUGCAUCAAUCCGUUCAGAUACGAACAUAACUUACUUCCUCGGUGAUGCAAGUCUGACUAAUGGAGUUCCUCUCUAUUUGAGAUCAUCUUUUUCGCGGAAUGUUCGCUUACUGAGAAUAGAUAGUUGUCAUCCAUGGUUUACGUUUGUUCCUUUGACGAAAGGCGUUGAGCAUCCGUCAGGUAAUGGGGUUCUUGUCGGUUUGAUACGGAGUAAUGUUGAUUGUUCGUCAAAUCAUACAAGUGCGGAGGGUUUUCCAUCAUUUUAUCAGUGUAUGCUGAAUUGGCUUUCGCUGCGGUCGAAACUACAGUCUGAAGGUUGCGGAGUGAGGGAUGCGAACCCAAACCUUAGACAAGUCGAGGGUGUGCAGAAAACGAUAGAAGUUGGUUUGCGACGUUUGAAGAAACACCACGAAACACACGUUCAUAAUGAUCCUACACCUCUGAACUUUCGUGCCUUGUCAUUCUGGAACGAAACAGAUUUGAGUCAUAUUAAAUCGGGUCGUAGGAAAAACGAUGGGUUAAUAGCGGAUUUUACCACUUAUGAUGCGAUGUGGAAAGCAAUUCAAAUUGCAGAUAAUUUCGGGUAUAACUUGCUGAGCUCUUCCUUAAGGGCUACAGUCGAAUACGACUCCGAUCCCUUGAUGAGUACUCCUCGUGAAGGAGAUGUCUCGGUAAAACAAAACCUUUCCUUGUCAAUAAACGAUUUGAAUAUCCAGUCUGUUCUCAAGGCACCAAAACUCUUUGACGGCAACGAUGAUUACUUUGAAUUUCAACCUACUACGGUUGGUUCAGUUGCGUCUGUUCAAAUACCAGUUAGAAAUCCGACCGGAGUUCCUGUCAGAAUACGCAUCGGUACUUCUGUUGGGAAGGAUGAAAGUUUUCGUACUCCAUAUGUUCAGAACGGCAAGAGCAGUGUCCCAAGUAACGAGAGUUCAUCAUUUUCUUGGUGGGAUGGAUACGGCGCAUUCUUUAUUCCCGACGAACACGGAAAUGUGAUUCAAUCGCAUAAUAAUAUAUCAGUCACAGGUGGAAGUGGAACCACGAGUAUCAGUAUGGUAAAUCCAUCACUCAAUUCUCAGCUCGGCUUGCUUGUAGGUUGCGGGAAGAGAUGUGGACUGAGGGACAAAACUAGUGCCAAGAUACCUCCCAUUAGUCCAGUAUCAAAUAGUCCCAUUGGAUCUUCUGCUGCCGCUGGGAUUAUUCUCAAGGGACACUUUCGCUAUAACUCGCCAGAAAGGAACAACGUACAAGAAGAACCUAUCAUCUUAGCGGGUGGAGCUGCGGUAUCUAACACUGAUGGACCAGCUGCAUUCGCAAUUCCUUUUUCUGCCCUUGAUGAAAUAAUUAUCCCGCCAUUUGGAAAAGGACAUUUGGGUCCAAUCUACUUCAGGCCACCAGGACGGUACAAAACAGUAGGCUGUCAGCUGGCGAAAGAAAGUGGUGCGAAGCUUGAUGAGAGAAAGGAGAUGCUGUGUAAGACUCAAAUAUAUGACUCUUUCCUUUAUCUUGAAAAUUCUUUAACUGGUAUUGAAAAAGUCAGACUACGAGGUCGAAGUGCCUGGGAAAAUCUAUAUUUCGUCGAUCCUCCGCCUAAGGAAGGGGAAGAUGCAUUUGGUGAUAUCGAAUUUCGCAAUGGAAUGCCCACCUUGAUUUUCUCUGGUACAAGCAAUAGGGUUGGUGAUUUUUCUGCGAAAGCUACUACCUUCCGACAAAGAAUUCAGCAUCUUUCUGUUGUAAAAGAGGUUGUUUUGCACAACGGCGGAGACAAUGACUCUUACAUUGAAAAUGUGUCACUUUGGGGUAUGAACGAUGAUAGAGAAGAGAAUGGAUCGUGCUCUUACGGUUCCUUUAAGCUCGUCAAUUGCUGGACGUUUAUUCCCGACGGAAUUAACGCUGCUGUGAAUAUUCAUAGCGGUUUUGUGUUGAAACCAGGAGAAAGUCGCUCAAUUUUCGUGGAGCAUCUACCUGACUGUAAGAGGAAGAAAGAAUAUAUCACUUUGCGUGUCCAACUACGUAGAGACAAGUUGCCAAGAGCUUCCAAAUUAAGGCGAUCGAGGUCUCGGGGGUUGAAAAAUCCAUUUGCGACGAAAGAGAAAAUGAUGUUUUUAGGGUACGAGAUGAGUGGCCCGGUAUUCGGCCGGUGCUUGCCUAUUGAUACAAGAUUGAUGGAUUCAUUAGCCCAUUUGACCUCAACGUCCAUGAACCUGGCAAACUACUCAGGCAGAAUGGAAUUCAAGAAAUCUGACGAAAGCAAAGAAGAAAGUCCUCUUCUGAUGUUCCAAGUUUUUCUCUUUUCAGCUGCUGCUUUGAUUUUGUGUUAUGCUUUGUGUGCAAGGUUUCGUGCAAUACUCUGUAUGUUGCAGAAGAUCCAGGGGGCGACAACGAAGAACGACCUCAAUUGGAAUGCAGCGUUCAGGUGUCUUGCUAGAUCACAACCGACUUCGAUGGAACUCCAGACAAUGAGUCGGGAGCAAAUGCGUCAAGACGUGAUAAGUCGGUAUAAAGCAAGAGGCAAUACAACAACAUCCACCUUGAACAGCACCAAUUGCUUCUCUCGGGAUCGACGUGCAGCAAUAUCAAACACAUUGCGACAUAGAAUUGGUAAAGAGGCCAGUCCUGGAAACGAAAGAACUCGGCCAUUCAGUGAUGCUCUUUUCCAUGAUGCUUCGACAGCAGACGAUUCUUCUUUGCGUGCAUAUUUCCCUAUUGGGCUCGGCUGGCGAACUGCAUAUUCGCGAGGAAUUGUAAAAGACAACUCUUUGCUGUCCACGACUUUUGUUUCGAGAACGAAAGUUUUACUGAACGAAAGGGCUAAGGUUUCAAUGGCAAGGAAUACAAAGAAUUCCAAAGAUAAGAGCGACCACGAAGAGAAGGGUGUGGUGAAGUCGAGUCCUGCUGAGGAGCGCAAAGAAUCCCCAUCAUCGUCUCUCUCAAGAGCAGAAGUAACGAAUGUGAUCGAAAACGAAGAGACGAAGAUAGUCGUCGUACAAAAUACGGAUAUGGUUUCAAAAUCAAAACAGAAAGAAAUCGAAACUCCAAGCAAGCCCAAAACUAAUCACUUCAACGACUCAAAAAAUAUUCAGAAGAUCAAUAAAAACCAACGAAGUGAGAGGGUUCGUUCCCCAGGAAACAAGAGCGCGGAAAAUGCAACGACCUAUACUCGAAAGGUUAUUCCAAGCAAACAUUCGUCCAAAACGGAGAAACAAAGUGUGAAAAAGAAGGAACUUCCAAUCCAACCCAGCAAGAAUACUCCUACCGCCGAUCUAUCGAAACGAAACGAGAAACCCAGAAAUCAAGUGCCAAAAACAAACGACCAGGAGAACCCACCAAAGAAGGAGAAAGUUUCAAAGAAUGCACCGUGGGGGCAAAACCCAAAACCAAAAGUCCCGGCAAAAAGCCAGUCUGCAUUGCUUGGCCCUUUGCCAAAAUCGGGCACACCAACCAACGCCUGGCAACCAGAACKUGAAAAAGCUACUUCUACUACUGCAAGCAGUCGCACGGGCAAGAAAGAAACAAUACAGGCUGAAAAGAAAUCCAAAGCGAAGGACAAAUCGAAAAAGAAGACAAACAAACGGAGUCCCCCACAAGGAAAGAAACCCGACUCGAAUCCUGCGAUCAAAAAGAAAGUGGUUUCUGAGGUAUCCAUUGACACCGUGUCGCCCGCGAAGGAAGCACAACGAACUCCAACGCUGAAUCCCCCUCCUGGUUUCGGCAAUAUCAAUCCGUCCCGCAACGACGACGGACGGUUGCAUUCCGUCCCCUCAACCGACAGCCAGCUUUCGCUCGAAGCCAUGCUGAGGCCCUCGCUUGCGGGUGGCCCGAACGACGCCGACAUCGCGCUCGGUGCUCCCCUGCAGGCAUCGUCGUCCUCGCUGUCCUUUGCCCGUGCCGGCGCAAGCGCGAGCGGCAGCGACUUUUAUUUCUCGGCAAGCCUCCGUGAUCCCAACCCUACCUCCUCGCCCCCGGUACACGGGUUAGGUGUUGCGGAGGCACCGGGCGCAAGCGAACCCCCGGGCGGGCUCGGGCAUCCCACGGACGAGCCGUGGCUCCACCCGCUCGUGGCCGACGAGGCGGAGCUCGCCGAUCAGCCGUGGCUUCCCGCCCUGCUCAACCAAGACGACGGUGACAACAACUUCGACGUCAUGGACUUCCUGGACGGCAUCCUUCAGGACGGGUCUCCUUCUGGGGAAGAACCCUCGGCCGAGCAAGAAUCCUUUCUCCCUCCUCUGACCCAUACCGGGAUGGUGCCAGGCGGGCAGGGAACCACGGCGGCGGCUGCGACGAUGCUCGUUUCGGAAAACCCAUGGGCAAGGGAAUCACGGGCAGCAGCGUACGGGAUUUCCUUCGACGAAGAGGACGACAAUGCUUCCAAAACCCCCGCGAUGGCUGGAGGACUCGGGAACAUACCCUUGCUGUCGCCCGCGGCCAUACUGAACGCCGAAGAGAACACCAAAAAUGGCGGAGAGGAGGACGAGAAGGUGCUUUCAUUUUACGCCGGCUUGCUGGACGAAUAAUAAUCGAUUGCUGUAGAUGAUUGUGUUCACCACGAGAACAUCGCGGUCACCGACUCGGUCUAUCCACAUAGUGUGAAGAUUUUCGCUGCAAUAAAGACAUUAUAAGUUU